ACCUGUUAAUCACGCCUUCUUGUUGAACGGUGUCUCGCCCAUGGAGACACACGUCUGUCGCAAUACUCCGAUGAUCUCUAGUCCCUCUUCUUCCAAUGUCUCCACGAGCCCCUCUGUAUCACAAGGGUUCGCAGGCAUGUUCAAGACACCCAGUUUGUUGAAGCUCGUCGGCAAGAGGGGUGUGAAGGCGGUAGGAUACUCUGGUGAGAUCUUCGAGGAUACGCCAGAGUCCCUUCCCUCUUCCACUCUAUCUUGAACGAACAUUGUACGGCGUCGUACGCUUAGAUCCUUUAUGCCUGGUGUACUUUUUUCUACUCUUCUCUAACUACUAUGGUCAUUUGUUGGCCUGUCAGAGGGCCUUUCGUUUCUUUCUUUCACGUCCCGAUGAAUUCCUCGUUUUCUAGUCACGCAUCUUUAUACCUUUCCAGCCUAUGUACUGAUGGUGCAGUGGCUGAUGGUCCCGAUCUUUCCGUUUCUUCGGGUUCGCCACCUUCUUACGUUCGUCUUUUGGUUGUGUUCGCUUGAUACCCCGUCUGCUUGAUACCUCAGAUCCGUUUCCAAACUGAUCUAUUCUCAUUUCACUCCGUAUCUACCCUAAUCGUAUUGCAUAUUUAAUGCAACCAUUCUUCAUAAGUUCAUCCCCUCUGGAUAGUGUUCCUGUGCCAU